CUGGUUUCUCAGUAGAGUUUAUAGAAAUCCACUGCUCUAGAGAGAAAGUGGACUACUUUUUUGGAAUCCAGCAGAUAUUCUGUAAAGUUUUAGAAUCAUGCCCCUCCGGGUUGUUAUGCAGGGUCCUGGGCCUUGGGGGUUCCGUCUGGUCGGUGGGAAGGAUUUUGAACAGCCCUUGACCGUCUCACGUGUUACCCUUGGGAGUAAAGCGGCCCAGGCCAACCUCUGUAUCGGAGACAUGAUCCUGGCCAUCGAUGGGGAGGCAACUGACGGCAUGACGCACCUGGAGGCCCAGAACAAGAUUAAAGGCUGUGUGGAGGAAAUGGUCCUCUCUGUCGAUAGGUCAGAAUCUAAAAUGUGGUCUCCACUAGCAUCGGAUGAAGGCAAGACCAACCCUUACAAGAUGAACCUAGCGUCAGAACCGCAGGAGGUGAAACACAUAGGCUCUGCCCACAACAGGAGUGCCAUGCCAUUCUCCCCAGGUGGACCCAAGGUGGUCACCAGUCAGUACAACAACCCAGCCGGCCUGUACUCCUCAGAGAACAUCAAGGACUUUAACAGUGCUGUGGACGAUGUCAAGACUGUUGCCGCAGCCAACGAAUCUGCCAAUGUGCCAGAUGACGCUAAGGCUGCUGGGAAACCUGGGAUUCCCGCUGACUCGGAAGUGUACAAAAUGCUGCAAGAGAACCAAGAGUCCAACGAGCCGCCGCGACAGUCUACAUCUUUUAAAGUGCUGCAGGAAAUCCUUGAAACAGGCGACCCCGACAAACCCUCAGGCUUCAGGAGCGUGAGGCCCCCCACCAAUAAAAUGGGUGCCUCCCUGGGAAAAGCAGACAAACUACCUAUCUGUGACAAAUGCGGCUCAGGGAUUGUGGGCAUCGUAGUGAAGCUGCGAGACAAGUUGCGCCACCCAGAGUGCUACACGUGCACCGACUGUGAUGUCAACCUCAAGCAGAAAGGCCACUUUUUUGUGGAGGACAAGAUCUACUGCGAGAAGCAUGCGCGUGAACGAGUCACGCCACCCGAGGGCUAUGACGUCGUCACAGUCUUCCCUAAGUAGAAUGCCAAUAUCACUUCCUGCCCGGAUUUCCAAACUGGAUAUGAGACUGGAGGAAAUAUCAAAAGAGUUACCUGAAAACAUUCCAGAAAUGUAGUGAGUUCCAUUAGAUGGAAGUGGUCGACUGCUCAUGGUAUUGACCAAGUGGAUAAUGGAUUUUGUUGUGUAUUAAUGCUGCCAUUUAGUAUGCAAAACGUUUGCACAUAUACUUCUGGAAAAUGUUUAAGUAUAAAAGCCCUCGAAUAAUGGCUUUUAGAAAGGUGCCACAGACAGAAAAUGGUUCAAACUAUGUGUAUAGCACAUAUAUGCUUAAUCAAAAUAUCCUUUAAAGCAAAUAUGCCAAAAACUGCCUCAAAUUAAAGUAAAUCUGUUUAUACUUUUUUAUAUGAUGAAUUUGUAAAUAUGUCCAUGAUGUAAAAACACUGAAGCAUUGUGUAUGUCUUGGAUAUUAAACCACCAUCAAGACUGUAUCCCUUCCUUUGAUGUUUCUAUGAACCUCCCACUGUGUUCAGAUCCAAAAACAAAUUUUGCAAUACCUGUAACUGAAUAAGUAAAUAAAAUUGAAUAUGUUUUUACUUGA